AUGUGGAAACUCCUUGUCAGCGGCUUUGUCGCCGUCGCGUCGCUCAGCGGCGUGAACGCUGCUUAUCCUAACCCUGGUCCCGUCACCGGCGAUACUCGUGUUCACGAUCCUACCGUCGUCAAGACUCCCAGCGGUGGAUACUUGUUGGCUCAUACUGGAGAUAACGUUUCGCUCAAGACAUCUUCUGAUCGAACGGCUUGGAAAGAUGCAGGUGCUGUUUUCCCCAACGGUGCGCCUUGGACUACCCAGUACACCAAGGGCGACAAGAACCUCUGGGCCCCUGAUAUUUCAUACCAUAACGGCCAGUACUAUCUGUACUACUCCGCCUCUUCCUUCGGUCAGCGCACUUCUGCCAUUUUCCUCGCUACCAGCAAGACCGGCGCCUCCGGCUCAUGGACCAACCAAGGUGUCGUCAUCGAGUCCAACAACAACAACGACUACAACGCCAUCGAUGGCAAUCUCUUCGUCGACUCUGACGGAAAAUGGUGGCUCUCCUUCGGUUCCUUCUGGUCCGGUAUCAAGCUCAUCCAACUCGACCCCAAGACCGGCAAGCGCACCGGAUCAAGCUUGUACUCCCUCGCCAAGCGCGACGCCUCUGUCGAAGGCGCCGUCGAGGCUCCCUUCAUCACCAAGCGCGGAAGCACUUACUACCUCUGGGUGUCGUUCGACAAGUGCUGCCAGGGUGCUGCUAGCACAUACCGUGUCAUGGUUGGACGGUCGAGCAGCAUUACUGGUCCUUAUGUUGACAAGGCUGGCAAGCAGAUGAUGUCUGGUGGAGGAACGGAGAUUAUGGCUAGUCAUGGAUCUAUCCAUGGACCGGGACAUAAUGCUGUCUUCACUGAUAAUGAUGCUGAUGUUCUUGUUUAUCAUUACUACAAUAACGCUGGCACGGCGCUUUUGGGUAUCAACUUGCUCAGAUAUGACAAUGGCUGGCCUGUUGCUUACUAG